GUCCAAAGUCCAAAGUGACAAAGUCCCACAUCCCCUUCCCUAUACACACCAUACGCCAUUUGCUCAUAUUUUGCAGCAAACCAGAAAAAAACACAAACCGGAUAAGCAAACAACCUGCGGGCACUCCCACCUCAAAAAAAUGAAAGUCACUCUCUGAGUUCAAAACUAUGGAUUUUAUGGUACACACAAACCACGCCCCUGAAGGGUUUUGCUCAUUUCCAGAUUUUCAUGUGAAGGGCACUGGAGAUGUUAUUAGUUUUGGAGCUAGGUUUAGGGGUAAAGUUGGUUACAAAUCUAGGGCAAUGAUAGUCCAUAUGAGCUGCAAACAUCGCCUUCUUGUUCUCGCUGGGCUCCGGCCCCGGAAACAAAGGCGAAACUGUGUUUUUGCUGUUUCAAGGGUUGAAGGUUUUAGUUCAAAUGGUAGAUUGCAACAUACUGAACAAAUCCCACAUGGGCAUUUGGAUGAUACAGAGUACUCGUCUGUCAACGCUCAUUCUUCGCGUAAUUUUGAAGAAUUUGAAAGUAAUAAUCAUUUAAGAAAGUUGGUUAGAAAUGGGGAACUAGAGGAAGGGUUUAAGUAUCUUGAGAGCAUGGUUAAUCGAGGGGAUAUCCCGGAUAUAAUUGCCUGUACGAGCCUGAUUCGUGGGUUUUGUAAGAUUGGUAAGACUAGGAAGGCAACUCGGGUUAUGGACGUUCUUGAAGAUUCUGGGGCUGUUCCUGAUGUUAUAACUUACAAUGUUCUGAUUAGUGGGUAUUGCAAGUCUGGGGAGAUUGAUAAUGCCUUACAGGUUCUGGAGCGCAUGAGUGUUGCCCCAGAUGUUGUCACAUAUAAUACGAUUUUGCGUACUUUGUGUGAUAGUGGGAAAUUGAAGCAGGCGAUGGAAGUUCUUCAUCGGCAGCUGCAAAGGGAGUGUUAUCCGGAUGUGAUUACGUAUACUAUAUUGAUUGAGGCAACUUGCAAGGAGAGCGGGGUUGGGCAAGCAAUGAAACUUUUAGAUGAGAUGAGGAACAAAGGAUGCAAACCUGAUGUGGUUACAUACAAUGUUCUUAUCAAUGGGAUUUGCAAGGAAGGGAGAUUGGAUGAAGCAAUCAAGUUUUUGAAUAACAUGCCAUCAUAUGGUUGCCAACCCAAUGUAAUUACCCAUAAUAUUGUAUUGCGGAGCAUGUGUAGCACUGGGAGGUGGAUGGAUGCUGAAAGACUAUUAACUGAAAUGCUUCGCAAAGGAUGUUCUCCUAGUGUUGUUACUUUCAAUAUCUUGAUAAACUUCUUAUGCCGAAAGGGUUUAUUGGGCCGAGCAAUUGACAUUUUGGAGAAGAUGCCUAAGCAUGGUUGUACCCCAAAUUCCUUGAGUUACAACCCGUUGCUUCAUGGGUUUUGCAAAGAAAAAAAAAUGGACAGAGCAAUUGAGUAUUUGGAUGUAAUGGUGUCUAGAGGCUGUUACCCUGAUAUUGUGACCUACAAUACUUUGCUCACAGCAUUAUGCAAAGAUGGGAAGGUUGAUGUUGCAGUUGAGAUACUUAAUCAGCUAAGUAGCAAGGGUUGCUCUCCUGUUUUGAUCACUUAUAAUACAGUGAUUGAUGGGCUUUCGAAGAUGGGGCAAACAGAAAGAGCUGUAGGACUUUUGAAUGAGAUGCGUGGAAAGGGUCUUAAACCUGAUAUAAUUACAUACUCUUCUCUUGUGGGAGGGCUAAGUAGAGAAGGAAAGAUUGAUGAGGCGAUCAAGUUUCUUCAUGACUUGGAAGGAUUGGGUGUCAGGCCCAAUGCUAUUACCUACAACUCACUCAUGUUGGGACUUUGUAAAGCUCGGAAAACCAGUCGUGCGAUUGAUUUCCUGGCUUAUAUGGUAUCUAGAGGAUGUAAACCUACUGAAGCUACAUACACCAUUCUCAUCGAAGGCAUAGCUAAUGAAGGUUUAGCUAAGGAGGCUUUGGAGCUGUUGAAUCAGUUGUGCUCCAGAGGCGUUGUGAAGAAAAGUUCAGCAGAACAGGUGGCAGUCAGGAUGUAAUCUGUAAUGAAUUUCAUCUUUUUGCUCUUGGAUGGCUGGUCACUGAUAACUUAUGCCUUUGGAUUUCAUAGCCUCAAUGUUAAUGACUCCUAAAGACUCCAAUGCCUUUCUUAUUUACUUUGUUGGAACUCGGAAGGAGUGAAAUCCAAAAUCAGUUUUGUUAGUUAGCCAUGUAAUUUUAUCCUCUGUUUGAUUUUGGGUUUAUACUUUCUACCCCAUGAAAAUUUAUAUACAAGUCUCUCUUUUUCAUCUAUGAUUCUAUGUAUAAAGAAAGUUGUGUCA